CCUCUUCCAAUAGCGAUCAGAUAUGCGCUUCCUCGUCCUUCCUACGACCACCGUCAGUCAUAUCCUCUCCUCCAAUAGAAAAGUUGAGACGCACGCGCUGCUCCUCGCGCUUGGUUGUGGGACAAUGCGGUUUUGAUCCAGGUGUUCAUGCUAUGCGGAUAAUUUGAAAUACCGUUUCAUUCUAUUUCACAGCUCAUGUCCUGUCCGUUACAGACCUCCGUCGGUCUGUGUGUCAGUCAGUAGACAGUCAUGGCUGUCACAGCCCUGGUCCUGCUAGUUCUCUCCUCCUCACUGUCACACACUGAGGCCGUCUUGUUUGGUGAGCCCAGGAUCUUUGGAGAUGACGCUACUGGCUACGGUCCAAUAUUUGAAGAGGAGCCUCUGGAUAUCGUCUACACAAAGGAGUCCCCUGACAGACUUAUCUCCAUGAACUGUAGAGCACGGGCCAACCCUGCACCCACAUACCGAUGGAGGCGUGAUAACUGGGAGAUCAAGCUGCUGGAGCUGCCCAAUGAACACUACAGUCUGGUGGGAGGGAACCUCAUCAUUAACAACCCUGAAGAGAAGAAACAUGCAGGGACCUACGUCUGUGUCGCCAAGAACGUGUACGGCACCGUCAUCAGCAAGGAGGCCAAGGUCAAGUUUGGAUACCUGGAGGAGUUCCCAGAUGAAGAGAGAGACCCUGUGACCGUGAAGGAGGGCCAGGGGGCCGUGCUGCUCUGUGCUCCUCCCAAGCGAUGGCCAACUGAGGUGACGUUCCGUUGGAUAUACAACGAGUUUCCGGUCUUCCUCCACCCGGAUAAGCGUCGCUUCGUCUCUCAGAGCACCGGGAAUCUGUACAUCUCCAAGGUGGAGGCGUCAGACGCAGGGAACUACUCCUGCUAUGUGUUCAACCCACAGAUUGGCAAGGGAGUCUACUCCAAGUUUAUCCCUCUCAUAUCUACAGAAGAGACCCCAGAGAAGAGAUACAAGGCCGACCUCGUAGUGAAGUUCCCCGACACCACAGCUAUGCUCAACUACAACGUCACACUGGAGUGCUUCGCUCUGGGAAAUCCGGCCCCUCAUAUCGUCUGGAGGAAGAUAGGUGCUACUGACCUGCCUGCCAGCGCUCAGGUCAGCAUGUCUGGAGCGCUGCUCCACCUCUACAACGUCCAGUAUGAAGACUCAGCAGGGUACGAGUGUGAGGCCAUCAACCAGAAAUGGCAGGACUGGCAUCAGGCGUGGCUCUAUGUAGAGGCUGCUCCUGAGUGGGCUGUGACCAUCAACAACACCCAGAAGGACGUAGGGUCAGAACACACCAUGUCCUGUGUAGCUAAUGGGAAGCCUGGCCCAUACAUCCGAUGGCUCAAGGAUGGAUACUCGUAUGGUAAAGGUGAGCUGAAGUUCUCCAGUCUGACGUUUGAGGACUCUGGGAUGUACCAGUGUAUCGCUGAGAACUACUGGGGUAUCAUCUACGCCAGCGCUGAGCUACGUGUCAUUGCUUGUGCCCCGACGUUUGAGUUGAACCCAGUGAAGAAGUAUCUUCUAGGAGCUAACAACGGCCGUGUGGUCAUAGAGUGUAAGCCCAGAGCUGCCCCCAGACCCAGGUUCACCUGGACCAAGGGAAAGGAAGUGCUCUUCAACAACUCACGUAUCUCCAUCAUGUUUGAUGGGAGUCUGGAGAUCCUGAAUGCCACCAGGAAUGAUGAGGGGGUAUACACCUGCUUAGCUCAGAAUGACAGAGGGAAGGCCAACAGCACAGGGACUCUGACCAUCACAGAGGCGACACAGAUCACAGUAGCCCCAGAGGACACUCAGGUGAUGGUAGGAGAGGAGGUGCAUCUGCAGUGCCAGGCCUCCUUUGACCCCAGUCUGGACAUCACCUUCAUCUGGUCUCUGGAUUUCAGGGUCAUCGACUUCUACCUAGAGUGGAAGCACUAUGAACGCAUCAUGGAUCGUGAGGACAGUGGAGAGCUGAAGAUAAUGAAUGUCCAGUUGAGACACGAGGGACGCUACACCUGUACAGCCCAGACUGUCGUGGACAACGUCACCGCGUCAGCAGACCUCAAGGUCAAAGGCCUUCCUGCUCCUCCCGGUGGGGUGAGGGUUGAGGAGAUCAGGGACACCUCGGUGAAGCUGGUGUGGAACCGAGGGGCCGACCAUGGCAGCCUCAUCCUUGGGUACACCAUCCAGACCAGAGACGUCUACGCACUAACUGAAGUGGACUGGAGGGACGCAUCCACCUCCCCUACGGCCCUGGAUGGCAUGUCAGUGAUGGCUGAUGUUGUGGACUUGUACCCCUGGAUGGAGUAUGAGUUCAGGGUCUAUGCUACUAAUGAGUUUGGAGACGGAGAGGCCAGCAUCCCUUCAAUGAAGAUCAAAACCUGGGAUUUGAUCAUAACAUGGACACCCGUACAGCCGCAGUACUUCUACGGUAAGAAGUUUGGCUACGUUGUGGCCUUCAAGCCUCAUGAUGAUGUUGACUGGUUGUAUGAGACCAUAUCAGACCCAGAGACACACGCUAACAUGGUCAAGUCGAACGACUUCCAGGUCAGGGAGUUCCAGGUGAAGGUGAAGACGUUUAACUCCAAAGGAGAUGGACCCUACAGCCUGUCGACCACUAUCUACCUCCCCCCACUAGUCCCCUCUGAGUCUCCUACAGAUGUAUACUCCAGGCCUGUCUCGUCCCAUGAAGCUCUGGUCUGGUGGAUACCAGUCAUGGACACUGGUACCGGCCUUCAGCAGUACAUAGAUGGAUACCAGGUGAAGUACUGGAGGAAGUAUGACGAUACAGAGCCGGGGGCCAAUCGUAUCUUUGUGCCCGCCUCCAUGAACCAGACCAGGCUGGAGAACAUGCUGCCAGACUCUCACUACCUCAUCGAGGUUAGAGCCUACAACGGAGCCGGUGUCGGCCCUCCCAGCGAACACUGCGAGAUGUUCACCAAGAGAGCACCUCCAAGUGUGGCUCCCCAAAUGUGGCGUUACAUCAGCUACUCUGGCAAGUGGCUGUACGUGUGGUGGCACCACAUCUCCUACGACUGGUUUGGCAAUGAGUCCUUCCCACUAUAUUAUAAGGUGAUGUUCAGGAAGACUGGCUACAUCACAGGGCCGAUCUACAUGACGGGCUGGCACUUCAUUGACUUCCCCAUGCCCCAGGUAGGGGACUACGAGCUGGAGGUCAGAGGUCGCUAUGAGGGUGGAGACGGCCCCAUCAGGAAGAUCAGGCUUCAGGGUAAGGCAUCCUUCCUGAGACCCACUCUCAGUCUGGCCGCCAUGCUACUGCUGGCCCUGUGCAUCGUGGGAUUGGGGAUAUAGAGACCCAGGACAUGUCUGGGUGGACUGUGGGAGGUUUGACAGAAACAACUCUCACAUCAACUUCCUACAUCUCCUUAAGGACAUCGAAUCUUUCCUGAACCUCGUACUGUCUGUAUGUCUUCCCACAACAAAACAGAGCACCGUGUCACCAUACAGAAUGACCUGCCUUGCUGUAGAAUCUACGAACGUUACUCUACUGUAAGACAUCCAAGAAAUCCUUUCUGAUUUAUUUAUUGAACAGGUACAAAAGAGGAAUAGAUGUUUUUCAAUAUGCCUUAUGAUGAAUCAUAUUGUACCAUCUUCCCAACAUAUUCUAGACGGAAAUGUAUAAGACAAUGACGGACUGUAAUCAACACUACACUGUAUGACGUUUGUAAUGAGUGAACUGUAAAGGAAUGAUCAGAGUAAGAUUGUAUGUAGCUCAGACACCAACUACACAGCCUCUUCCUCCGUUCGACUCACCCAGCUGUUUGGAUAUUUAGUUUCCACACGUUUGCCAUUUCAAGACGACACCAGAUUAGAAGUAACGUGUGUUUAUGUUUGAUUGGUUCGUUUGAGAAUCAUUUUAAUUGUUCUGUAUUGAUGCUGCUGUGAAAAUAGAUAUUUAGUUUUGUUUCCUUUUCUGUUUAUUUAUCUCUUCAGAUUCGUACACACACACACACACACACACACACACACACACACACACACACACACACACACACACACACACACACACACACACACACACACACACACACACACACACACACACACACACACACACACACACACACACACACACACACACACACACACACACUCGGCUCAUAUGGAUAUCGCUAUAACCAACUCUGCAUAGAUUGCUAGCUUUGAAUGCUAUUCUUUCUUACACUGUACUAUACCACGUCGUUAAUUAGCUUCGUAUUCAUAGUGAAUUGUGUCUUGUAGAUGCGCUAGCUAAAGCCAUAUCGCUUCGUCAAUGCCCUGGUAUUUAGGCUUGUCCAGAUGUUUGCACUGACGAUGGCAGAAUGUUUUAACAGAAUGGUAACAAGAAAUCAGGGUUGAAGAAUAUUGAUGUGCUGCUGUUUUAUUUCAUUAUAGGAUUUGUUUUCCCUUGCUAUGUAUACGAGGAUCAUGCUGUAAACUCAUUAAAUAGAAUACACAUGAAUGCUCCAGGAUUGUAAGUAUCAUGUGAGCGUCACUAAA